AUGAAUGCGAUAAUAAGUCACCCGAAAAUAAAUGUAGAUGACAAUGAUAGCAAAGACUAUGAGAAAGCUGCGGUCGAUGGAGUUGCUAAUAACAUUUCAGAUGCAUCAUCAAACUAUUUACCUUUCGGACAAAUUAUAGAAAUUUUUUACAAAUUGGAAGAAGAUAUAAUAUCAUCAUAUAAAAAUGCAGAAUAUAAUAUACAAUUAUGUGGUUUCUUAAUCAAAAGAGUUAACAUUGCUACAGCGGCAAUAAGAGAUUUAGAAAUUAGAAAAUUUCAUAAUUUAGAAUUUUUUGCUGAGCUCUCUAAUCUUCAAUUGUUUAAGGAAUUUUUAAAGUGUAUCCUCGAGAUUAGAAACUUUAUUAAAAAUAUUUCUAAUCUUGGUGGGAUUGCUAAAUAUUUUCAGACUAAUAUUGAUAUUAUAAAAAAAUAUAAAGAUUUAUCAAAUAUGUUUGAUCAAUGUAUGGAAUCUUUAAAUUUUUCAAUAUCAAUUCGAUUUAAUAAGGACUUAAAUAAAGAAAUCCAAUUUAUCAAGAAGGAAUUAAUGGAAUUGAAAGAGAUUAUGCGUGAUAUGACUGGUGGCAUAGUCGAUAAAAAAGCUUUUUUAAAAAUUAAUGAAAUUAGAGAAUUAAAUGAUCGUUAUCAACGAGAACUAUGUAAAAAAGAUAAUGCAACAAUCACUAUCGAACCUUUACCUUUAUUAGACAUAAAUCAAUAUGAACUGAAAUACGAAUAUAAACUUCGUAAAAACGUUCAUUGUAGAUGGAACGACAAAAAUCUUUUAGAAUAUGCUUUUAAAGAAAUUCCAUCUCCAUCAAUAAAUGAACAACAAAUAAUACAUGAGUUUUAUCAAGAGAUUACUAUUCUGAAAAAAUUAAAUUCGGAUCAUAUUACCAAAUUUUAUGGUGUGGCUAAAAGUAAUGACUUAUCUAAAUAUUAUUUGGUUACUGAAUGGAUGGAGAAUGGAAUGGCUUAUUUAAAUGCUGUCAACAUUUUACAUAAUGAUAUUAGAGGGAAAAACAUACUUAUUGACAGAAAUCAUAAAGCCAAGAUUGCUAACAUUGUUUUUAAAUCAAAUUAUACACCAUGCGACGGACGUGUUCAACUCGAUUUUUUUGAAAAAGUAAGAUAUAUGGCACCAGAGAAAUUGGAACAUGGUGAGAAACAACGAUAUAAUAUCAAGUGUGAAAUUUAUAGCUUGGGGGCUCUUUUAUGGGAGAUUGCCGAGGAAGAAAUACCGUAUACCAAAGAGAAAUUAGACUUUCCAACUAUUUUGAAUCGCGUCGUUAAGGAUAAUUAUCGUGAACCAUUCUCCAAAAAUGUACCUAAAGUUUGGCAAGAUAUCGUUAAUGAAGCCUUAAGUUAUAAUCCGAGUUUUCGUCCUCCAAUUUCGAGAAUAUUCAGGGUCCUCAAUGAUUAUCUUUAUAAAAAAUGUGACAUGAACA